AUGAAUUGGGAUUUUCUAAACAGAAAACUUAAGGAAUUCUUUGAAUAACGACGACAACAAUCAAUAGAUAAAUUAUUCACUCUAAAUACUGUUACUGAUAAUAACUUCCUUAAAAAGUAAUUCUUAGAGUUAGAGACUUAAGUUACAGAGGAUCCAAAAUAAAUUGUCUCUUAACCUAUUGUUUCAAUUACAUCACCAACACCUUAAAAAUCAAAAUUAACUCCCAAAUCCUUUAAUCAGAUCUCUCAUCUCUUUUCACCUCAUGGACCUGCAAGAUCAAGAAAUUCAAUGCAAAUGAGAUAAAUCGUAACAAGCAACCUAAAGAAUGAAAAUAAUAGCUACAAUAAUGUAAAAAGCAAGGAUAUUAAGAAAGUUUAAGAAUUAGUUGGAUCAAAUAAUAAAACAACAUAUAAAAGUAGUGGAAGGAAACUUUAAAAAUAACAAACAUCUGUUUCUUAAAAGAUUCUAAAAGAUUUAGAUGAUUAAUUUGAUCCAUCACCUUCUAAUCUAAAAAAACCAUCAGAAACACUUAAAUGUUUCAUUACAUAAACUAAAAAUAUCAAUACAUUAUCUAUGAAAACUUAAUUACAACUAAAAUCUUAAAGAUCUAUUAGAUAAUUAAAAUAACCUAGUCCUGCAUUAGAUAAUUUCACAAAAAUGGGAUUUGGGAAAAGCACAGAUCCAAGAGUAGGAUUAGAUAGAUUUUUAAGCAAUAAAUGGUUAUAAUUUAUAAUUGAAUAAAAAUCAAUGAGAAAAGAUGAUUAAUUUGAUAAUUAUGUUAAAUAAUAUAAUGAAUCUCCUUAGAAAGAAUAAAAUAUAUAAAAAUUGAAAGAAAAAUAAUAAAUAAGAUAAGAAUUCAAUAGUGAAAUACCAUAAACAAUUAUAUUUAAACCACAUAGAUACACAAAAAAAAUAUCAAAAAUAAAUAAGAGUUAGAUUUCAGAAUUAAUAUCAUCCUAUUCUUAAACAGUAUUUGAUAUUGAUAAAAAAAGAGAUGAUGAAGAACUUAUUGAAUUCUAUCCUAUUUAUUAUGAAAAGAAAGUAAAAAAAAGAAGAAUUAUUCGAAAGAUGAAAAUUUUAGCAAAAAGAGCUAUAAAAUAAAGAACAUUUGUUUUAGAUGUAUUUAUUUUUAUUUAAAUAUAAUAGUUACUUUAAAAUUUCUGUCAAUUAGUACCAUAUUAAAUGCCUGGUUCUAUUGCAUUUUUGAGAUUUGUAUAGUAUAACAAUAUUUAAGCAGUUAAGCAAAUGUUAGAUUAAGAUAAAUCUUAUAUAGGUUCUUUUAAUGAAUAAGGGCAAUUUGCCAUCCAUAUAGGAGUAAUGAUUUAAUCAAUUGAAAUGGUCAAAUUACUAUUAUAUUAUGGAGCUAAUGUAAAUUCAGAAGAUUUCUUUCUUUAAAAACCACUUUAUUUCGCUUUGGUUACUGAUAAUUUGCAAAUAAUUAGAUUAUUACUUGCUUGUAGAGCUUCGCCAUGGGAUAUUAAUUUAAGAGAUUAUUUUAUUUGUUGUAGAAGUGAAGAUGCAAAAAAUCUUAUAAAAUUAGCUUAAUAUCUUAAAAUAUAUAAUUAAGACCCAGAAUGUUUUUUAAAUAUCGAAAAUAUCAAAUAAUAAUUGAAUUAAUAUUGA